ACGAAGCAGUACCGCUGGUAGGAUCCAAGAUGCACCCGGCACUGAUCAUCCUGCUUGUCGUCUUCGGCACACACAUCAUCGGUCUCAUCGGCCGGGAGCGGAUCCAGGCAGCUCUGCUCCCGCUCUACCUCCGGCUCCUCUAUCGAGCCGACUUGCAGGCGCAAAAGAGGCUCAAGAAAGACAUCUUCGAGACCCGGCAGACACUCAACAAGACGAGCAGCCAGGACGAGUUUGCCAAAUGGGCAAAGCUGCGUCGUAAUGUCGACAAGAUGGUUGGCCAGCUCGAGGCCGUCAAUGGCAAGUUGGUUUCCGCUUCCUCUACCCUUUCGAUCCUGCUUCGAGUCGUGCUUUUCCUUGCGACGACAUUGUUCCCCUUUGUCUUGACGUUUUACUUUGGAAAGACGCCCAUGUUCUUUCUCCCGCCUUCGGGCACCGUCUCGUCGCGGCACCUGGGCGCAACCGAGUCGCCAAAGCUGGCCCCGAUGGGCUUUCAGAUCCCAAAGCACCACGUUCACGCCUGGGACAUGGCCAAUGAGACCUACUUGGGUCCAUUUGGCUGGCUUUUGAGCAUGACAGCAGCACCAAGGGGCUCGGUCAGUGCAGGCAUGUGGUCGACUGUAUGCACUCGAGUGGCCCUCCUCGUGACUUCCCAGAUCAAGGACUGGAUUCAAGCUGCCACGUCCAAAGCAGCUCCCAAGAGCAAAGCAUCAAAGGCUGACGAAGAGCCGAGAGAAAAGUCGGAGAAGGAAAGUAUUCCAGUCGCCGGCGAGACAAAAACCCCUUCCGCCGCCCGACGAAGAGCCACCGCCGCUGCCGCUGCUGGAGGCAAAGAGGAGCUGUAAAAGAUAGAUUGACUGAACUUGAUGAACAUUUCU